AAUUAUCAAUGCAUUCUGUAUCUUUUCUACAACCGUUUCGUAUUUUAAAACAACCACUAUCUCAUAUUGCUGAUACGUAAUAUAUAACUACCUGCGAGUAGUUUGCCAGCACACACGUAUUUGUGAUUUUUCAGCUCUCCGGUAGGCAGACAUCCACGAUCUCAACAAUCAACAGAAUCUUCCAGCAAGGCGUUUUUCGUCAUGGAGUGCAGAUGUAUUUGUCUGUGUAUAGCGUUUACAGCGAUCAUGUUUCCGAUUCCGGUGGAGACUGGAAAUAUAUUGAUAUUGGUGUUUCCACUUUGGAGCCACGUCAAACCCACACUCAACGUAGCCACAUCACUUGCAAAUAAAUAUGGACACCAUUCAACUUUAAUCCUAAGCAAAGAAUUUGCAAAUAAAGUGAAGGAAGACAGCACUACUAGUGUUAUAGUACCAGCAGUGUACAAAAAUUUCAGCGUACAUGGGAUUGCAAAGGAUUCCAUAGAAGAUGCUUGUAAUAGGAAGAUGUCGCCAUAUUUCAAAGGUAUAACAAUCGUCAAUAAUGUAUGCCAUGCUCUGCUCUCAGACGAAGCUCUGUUUACAGUUCUACAACAGCAGGACUUUGAUUUGGCUUUAAUUGAUAAUGUAAUGAUAGCGGACUGCUUCACAGUUCUCGCCUACAAACUAGGAAUCCCUUAUGUGCAGCUUGGUGGCAUGCACAUACCUGUCAGGACAAGAAUACCGUUUAUGCCAUCUGUACAUCCUGCCUUCGCCCUCCUAGGUUUCUUUGACGAAAUGUCGUUCAUUCAACGAGUAGUCAAUACGCUCUUUUCGGUGGUGAUGGCUGUUUCACCUCAGGUGGUUUUCCCGACCGAUUUGGUUGCGACGUAUGUUCCAGAAAAGCCGUUUGUGCCGUUAGAAGUCUUACAUAGACGCACGGCGUUUCAUCUUGUCGACAUGGACUUUGUACUGGACUUUCCAAGACCGUUGAUGCCCAAUGUAGCAUUUGUUGGAGGAGUUGGAACCGAGAAACCCAAACCCUUGCCAUCUGACCUGAAUUCUUACAUGGAUUCUGCAACUAAUGGAGUCAUUGUAGCCUCGUUUGGAAGUAUUGCCAACAGUCUCCCUGCAUCUAGGAUGGAAAUACUUAUUAGUGUAUUUAGGAAAUUCAAAAAUGUAAAAUUCGUGCUUAGGUAUGGAAACGAGACAAAAGAGGAUGGUAAUAUCUUACUGAUGCCGUGGCUGCCCCAAAACGAUCUGCUAGGACAUCCCAACACCAAGGCAUUCAUCACUCACUGUGGCAUUAGCGGCCUCUACGAGGGGCUGUGCAACGCAGUGCCGAUGAUUGGCCUCCCCUUCAUGACAGAUGGAUUUUACAACUGUCGUAAAAUGGCUUUUAAAGGAUUUGGUAUUUCUUACGAUUUCUGCAUAUUUACAGAUUUGGAAUUAUCGAAUGCCAUACAGGAAAUUCUUGAUAAUCCUAAAUAUAGCGUGAAAAUUAAAAAAGCAUCAGACAUUUUCCAUGGUCAACAGGGAACGCCCAGUGAACGUUCUGCGUACUGGAUUGAUCACGUGAUCCAACAUGGUGGCGACUACCUCCAAACACCGGCGACUGACAUGCCUUUAUAUAAAUAUUACCUCCUAGAUGUCUUGCUGUUUAUAACUUUGGUGACGUUCCUGAGUAUUUGGUGCUGUGUGAGGUCGAUCAGAGCUUGCUGUAGAUGUUGCUGUAGACCAAAAAUCAAAGUUGAUUGAAUACUUAGGCGUGCAAUGUCCGAUUAAGGCACACAUAUCAUUUCUUGUAUUUGUUUCAAAAAAUGAUUUUCAGUCUUACACGGUUCAAAAUCACACACAUAUAUACUCGAAAUACUGCCUGUGACUACUACAUCAAAAGUACAUAUUUCUUAAAACCGAUGUACAUAUAUAUAUGCCUUGAAAAGGGAAAAUAACAGGGAAAGUUAGAACAGAGUUGGAGAAAUGUAGUGUAAAAUAUGGUACAAGUACAAAAUAUGUUAUAUUCGGAAAUUCGGUUAAUUGUGGUCAAGGCAAAUCCUUCUGUUGCGUCAUCGUUAGUACACUUUAUGGUCGACGUUGAUUUACAGACUAUUUCAAGAAAAGUAUAUAUACAGGUAUAUAAGUAUGAUCGUACAUAAACAAGGUGCAUUAUGAUGCUGAUAUAAAAUAUACUCUAUGAUAAUCAUGUGGAUGGUCUUUCCGUACACAGACAGUCGUUAUGAUAGACUGUUCACAUUCCAUACGUUGUUACUGAUCAAUUGUUCGUCACAUCCCGUGCCUUAAUACGUCUUUCUCCUGUUUAUUCAUCCUGGUAAAUCCUUUUCCACUAGACUGUUUACAUCGAGAAAGACCAACCACAUGACUUACUUAAUAUAUAAACUUUUUACAAUGUGUAUAUGAAUACAAAAGGCAUGAUUAAGAAUCAUAUUUGAAGACGUCUUAAGAUGAUAAAUCAAUCAAUUGAUUUUUAACUAUGUUGGUAACACUGGUAUUUUUUGCGAUCGCAUACAAACUCUCAUGUAUACAUGCCAACACAUAUCAUAAACACAUAUAUCUACCGUACAUACAUACAUAGUUUGAGCAAAAAUUAUUUGAAAUUGCAUGUCUACAUUUAUGACUAUAUCAUCAUAAUAUAUUAUUACCUUUAUUGUGUAGUCAAGAUGUUCAUAUUUGAAUGCCAUUUACUAUAUAUAUAAUUGAAAGUCAAAACAUUUAUUAGUUUACAGAUAUACUUACAUAUAUGAUUUUCUAAGUCAUAGUUUUAUUAAUCUUUUGUUAUGCUGCUUCGAGUUGGUAAAUUGUCUCUGCGUAGAACUGCCUCUUUAUCAUUUGUCAGUAGUUUAGUAAAGGUAUCGGUUAAUACCGAGAAACCCAAGCCUUACGUAUUCUUGCAGUUUGUGAAAGGAUAACAUAUCGCAAAUUCAUUGAUUGAUUUUAAAAAUACAAAAUGUAUGAUGUGAAGCGCUGUUUUACAUUGUUUUGUUAACACACGACUCGGCAUUCUACGAAGCUAAAUCGUGAUCUUUGUUAGCGAAACACAAAAUUAAAAACAUAUUUCUUUAUUUUUUUAAUUUUUAUUCCAACUUUCUAUACAUUGCAGUAAACAUUUUGCAUUGUUUUUGGUAACAUUGUAAAUAAGAUAUAAAGGAUAAUAGAUAAGACUACAUAUAUACAUUUUACUUACGUUCGCACUCCCAUUCAUUAUCACAGAUAUCGUGGUAGAAAUUUAUGAGCACUUUUCUAUGGUUAUAAAAGUCAUGCAUAUAUGUUAUAUAAUAAUAAAUAAACAACAAUAUACAGUUAAAAUAGUAUUAGUUAUA